UGUCGCUGCAUGUAUGAUACAUACUAACUUCGGGCGCUACAUCACUUAACAGAACAAUUUGUACACUGUAGCAGCGCAUUUUGAUGCUGCUUGAAUAUAAAUAUAACACGGCGUAUGGUGCCACGCCACCGUUCAACUCCUCCGGUUUCGGAUGGCAAGUGAAGCACGCAAGCCCGUUUAGCCAAUUAGGGGCCGCUUUGCUAGGACGUCGGAUUUCAUGGCGAAAAUACUGAGGUGGGGUCUUCUCUGCUGACUUUGGAAAGAAACGUUUUAAUAUAUUUGACAUACCGAUUGCAUCGCGGAGAAUCAUGUGUCUUUUCGGGUAAACGGGGAAGGAAGCGUUUCGACAUUGAAAACUGAGAGCAAACAGAAGGAUUUAUUUCCAGCAAUUUCCAGAUUUAUGCCUGUUGCUGUUGACUAUACAAUGAAAAAGAGGCGAAAUACCAAGCAGAAGGACAAAUUUUCCUCCAGUUCUGAAAAAAAUGUCUCGUCUGAUAUGUUGGCGGAUGAUUGCAGUAACUGUUGUUUGGGUAUUGAAUGUCAUCAGAUAAAUCCAUACCCUCUUCUAGAAGGACAAAAAAAGCACUUACGCUGCACACAGUAUAAUAGAAACUUUCUUCAGUUCCUAAAUGCUGACCGACUAAAGCCAUCUUCCUUCUGCGACCUAAUUAUAAUGGUUGAAGGAAAACAGUACACUGCACACAAGGUGGUUGUUUCUUUUGGUAGUAGUUAUUUCAAUGCUCGCUUGAGUAAAAAUCCUGAAAUGAAUCGUGUCAUGUUGGACCAUGUCACAGAUACAGCAUUCCAGCAUUUGCUGGAAUUUUUAUACACCUCUGAAUUUACAAUAUAUGAAAGUGAAAUCCCAUCACUUGUUGAGGCAGCCAAAUUCCUAGACAUAAUUGAUGCAGUAAAUCUGCUGACAAGUGAAGGAAUUGCAUUAUCUACACAAACGGGACAGGUUGUUGAAGAAACUUCAUACAGUGUGGAAUGUGCAGCAAUAUCAGAGGACAGUGGUGCAGACCCUUCUACCAAUCAAUGCACAAUAUGCAGUCGGCGCUUUUGUUAUAGAAAAUCUCUUGAAAAUCAUUUAGCAAAGUCUCACAGUGCUGUUUUGGAAGGAAAAUCUGAUGAAGGAUCUAAAACAUUUGAGGACACAGAACAUGUGACAAGGAGGUCUGUCCGUAUGCGCAAGUGCCCUAUAAAAUUUGGCAGUGAUGAAUGUUCAGAGACAUCAGAUGACAGCAGUUCAGAUAAAACGUGUAGUGAAGAGGACAAAUUCAGCUUCUCUGAAGAGGAAGACUCUGAGAGUGAAGAUGAGGAAGACCCGUCUGAAGGAGCGUCUAGUGAAUCAGAUGCACAGCAGCCUAGUGACAAUGAAAAUAUAGAUGCAGAAGCUCCUAGUCAGAGUUUCCCAGAAGGUCUUGCACCAGUCAUUGUUCAGAGCGCCAAUAAGAAAAUACUUAAAUGUCCAAAGUGUGAUAAAACCUUCGACCGAGCAGGGAAGUAUGAAAGUCAUACACGGGUGCAUACAGGAGAGAAGCCCUUUAAGUGUGAAAUUUGUCAGCAGUGCUACUCAACAAAAUCAAAUCUCGCUGUUCACAAGAAAAAACACAUCAAUGAAACAGUGUUUCAAAAGAAAGAGCAUAAAUGCCCAUACUGCAGUAAACUGCAUGCCAGCAAAAAAACCCUAGGAAAGCAUGUCAAGAGAUUUCAUCCUGACCAUAUUCAGGAAUUUAUGUCAGUCAAGAGGAAAAAGGCAGAAGGAUGGAAAUGUGAUAUAUGCAACAAAUCAUUUACACGCAGACCACACCUUGAAGAGCACAUGAUUCUUCAUACACAAGAUAGACCUUUUAAAUGUGCUUACUGUGAUGACCACUUCAAGUCGAGAUUUGCAAGACUAAAGCAUCAAGAGAAGUUUCACUUAGGUCCAUUUCCAUGUGACAUCUGUGGACGACAAUUUAAUGACACUGGAAAUCGUAAACGCCACAUUGAAUGCACUCAUGGAGGAAAGAGGAAGUGGACCUGUUUCAUCUGUGGAAAAUCUGUAAGGGAAAGGACAACACUGAAGGAACAUUUGAGAAUUCACAGUGGAGAAAAGCCUCAUCUUUGUAGCAUUUGUGGGCAAAGUUUUCGACAUGGAAGCUCAUAUAGACUUCAUCUUCGUGUGCACCAUGAUGAUAAACGAUAUGAAUGUGAUGAGUGUGGAAAGACCUUCAUUCGUCAUGAUCACCUGACAAAACAUAAAAAAAUACACUCAGGAGAGAAAGCACACCAGUGUGAAGAGUGUGGGAAGUGCUUUGGCCGCAGGGAUCAUUUGACAGUUCAUUACAGAAGUGUUCAUCUUGGAGAAAAGGUGUGGCAAAAAUAUAAAGCUGCAUUGCAUCAGUGUGAAGUUUGUAAAAAAGAAUUUAAAGGAAAAUCAAGUUUGGAAAUGCAUUUUAGGACACAUUCUGGGGAGAAACCUUACAAGUGCCAAGUCUGCAACCAGACUUUCAGAAUAAAGAAGACAUUAACAAAACACAUGGUGAUUCACUCAGAUGCCCGUCCAUUCAACUGUCCUCAUUGUAAUGCAACGUUUAAAAGGAAAGACAAAUUAAAAUAUCACAUUGAUCAUGUUCACAUUACAAAAUCUGCAGAACAGUGUUCCACAGACCCGUCAGAGGAGAAAAUAGUCUCCUUGAUAAUACCAUAUGAUGGUAAAAUGUAUCACAACGAAGCAAAGCAGUAUGGUGAACAGUCCAAAGCAUACCAGCCUGAAACAAAGUCCAUUCUACAAAAUGUCCCUUCAGAGGUCUGUGUACCAGUUGCCCUUGUGCCUGUGCCAAUUCCAGAUGUUUCAACCCAAGUGGACCUUGUAAGGCACACCACUCCUCUGCCAUCUCAGUCUCAUGAUGUCCUUCCUGCACAACAGCCUCCACAACAAAAUGACUACCAGUCUGCCACAGACCUUGUUUUUUUAGAAAAAUAUACAUUGACUCCACAACCUGCCAGCAUUGUUCAUCCAGUGCGACCUGAGCAGAUUCUUGAUCCACGGGAACAGUCUAUUCUGGGCACGUUGCUAGGGCUUGAUACAACUUCAUCUGUACAAAAUCUUACCACCGCAGAACAUAAUCAGUAAUAUAUUUUAAAAGACCUUUUUAAUCACUGCAGUUUUCCUCCUUAAAAACCAAUUACCAGUUAUAGGGCAUGGACACUUAUUCAGCUAUGCUUUUGCCAGAACAUUAUAAGUCGAGUUACAAAUCAAGGAAAUUAUUCAUCAAAUAUGUGUAUCAUUUAUCAUAAUCAGUUAUUUUUUUUUAAUCAUUAUGAAUGGAAUUAUUGUUAAUGUACAGUAUUAUCUGUAUCAAAUAUUAAUUGCAAUUAGUAUUUUUAUGCAAUUAGAAUAUUGUUAAUCA